AUGGAUCUGACGCGACUGGCUGUGGACGCUGGGCAAUUCAUCAACCGUGCCGUUCAGUACACAGGGGAAACCAUUGGAGCAACAGAGAAGACUGAUUUGGAGCCAGAUAUAGAGCGGCUUCUUGCCAGAGCAGACGCCACAAAGAGUUAUACCGAUCAAAUUAUCAGCCAGACAGAGGCCCUGCUACAGCCAAACCCUGCUGCUCGUUUGGAGGACCGGCUGUAUGAGCACCUUGAAUGGCGCGCUCCCCCUCGGCCUCGCAGCCUGGAGGUUCUGGGAGAGCUCACGACCAGCGCAGGGCAAGAACUGGGCUCAAACACACCCUAUGGUUCUGCUUUGGUCAAAUUUGGCGAGAUACAAAAGCAGCUGGGUGAAGCAGAGAGAAAGUUCACACAAAGCACCAACAUCCACUUUUUAACUCCUUUGAGAAGUUUCACUGAGGGGGAAUACAAAACCAUACAGGAUGAACGCAGGACUUUAAUAAAUAAGCGCCUGGAUUUGGACAUUGCAAAGACCAGAUUGAGGAAAGCCCACGAGGCUGACAGAGAGGCUAGGAACCUCAAUUCAAACCCUGUGGAUGAAGACUAUUUGGCUCAUGUUUCCUAUAUGUUCAGCUUCAUUCGUGUCAAAUGGCUAAAGAUUUGGGCUCAGGAAAUCUCACAAGCAGAGAUGGAGUUGAGGAUCUGCCAGAGUCUGUUCGAUCGACAGUCUGAGAUUACAAAGAGGCUUCUGAUGGGGCUGGACGACACACAUAUGAACCACAUGCAGAGCCUAAAUGAGUUUGUGGAGGCUCAAACUUGCUACUUUGACGAGUGCAACCAACUUUCUCAAGAGCUGCAGAAACAACUGGAAAGUAUCCCUGCUGUAUUAUGCUCUAACAGUUGGCAGUCUGCAAUUACCAAUGGAGAUGAACACGCAACAACAGACAAUAAUAUUCCGGGUUACUUUAAAGAGUCAAACCAGGACAGUCAAAUAUUCCUUCAUCGGAUACCGGAUUUUGACCAGGACUCUUGGACUGAACCCCAAAAGUUGCCCAAUAACGGAACAAAUCCUCCUUGCCAAUCAAAUACUAACUUCAAUAAUAACAAUCCAUCUUCAACAGGAAGUCAAGCGAACACCCACUUGCUAGCGUCCAGCAGCCAAGCCUCUGUCCCUCAAGUAACCAAUGGCAACAGUGCACCAAAUUCAAAACCAAAAAGGCAUUUCUCACCUCUGCUAAGAACAGACACUACAACUGUAAGCGAUGAACCGAGCGAUGAUUCAGAAACCAAUGAGGAAGAUGGCGUUACUUCUCCGAUAUUAAAUGACAAUAUAGUAGAGAUGUCAAAUGGUACUGAAGAUAAUUUACCCGUUGCCAAUGGAGACGAGGAAGAAGCUCCAACACCAACAAGUGAAGAGGACACCAAGGAGUCCUAACAAGCGUGUCAAAUAAUCAUGUAGCUUGUGUUCAUGUGAUGUCAUGUUUCUAAAGAGUAUAUCCAAGAGCGGAACGUUGCCAUAGCGAUUAAUCAAAAUAUCAUGUCUU